AUGAACGCAUGGAUACAAAGUACGAAACAAGAAAUACAAAUGAAAAUUAAUCAAAUUCUUCCAGGAUCAGAUUGGCAAAAAUCCAUUCAAAACAAUGAAGAAACAAAUCGAAAAUUAUUGAUGACCAACGUCAAAUUUCUUGAAUGUGAUAUUUAUCAACAUUUAUGUGAAGACUUAAAAACUUCUCCGAAUAAUCAAAUCUUGAGACAAACAAUGACAUUUUUGCCAGGAAUUAAGAAAUAUAAUGUUAGUAGUAACGUUAUUCAGGAUGAUUAUGUACCAUCGAUUAAAGAAUUAACAGAAAAAUUUAAUUAUACUAUUGGAAUAGCUUUGACUCGUAUAGAAAUUUGGGUUGAAUCACGUUUAAACCAAUGGAUCAAUCACCCAACAAUAUACCUAAGCGGAAGGGAUCGGUUUGAAACUUUGUUGGACUUCUUUGAAGAAUAUCAAAAUGCAGCAUUGAAUCAUUAUUGGUCAGAAAAAGGUCCGACAGAUCCUAUGGGUUAUAGUCGAUAUAUUCUAACAUCAUUAACGAUUAUUCGCUUAAUGCAUCAAAAAUUAUGUAAUGAUUCAAGAUUUGAACGACUAAAACAACAUUCAAUAAAUAUUCCAAAUCUUAUGAAGUUAUUUGAAUUUUUAGUCUUACCAAAUCGAAACGAUAUGAUUCGAGUUUAUGAUCUCCGACAUUACUUUAGUGAAUUUAGUAACAAAACAUAUCCUGAUCUUUUGACAUCUAUAGAUGAUGUUAAUGCAUUCGGUGUAUAUUGUGCUUCUCAAUCAUCGGAAAUGAAUGAAAGUAUACAAAAAAUUAGAGCUCAAGCUGAACGAGAUAAACAACAGAAAAUACAGGAAGUCACAAAUGCAAAAGAAAGAUAUACAGGCCUUAUGAAUUCAAUAAGAGGUAUGUCUUGUUCAUGUAGUUAUAAAUAUGGUUAUCAUCGACAAUGUCACAGAUGUACAAUUGAGGAACAAGCUAUGAACGUUAAAGUACAUAUUUAUGAAUGUCCAUUACCAUCCAAACGCGAACAAGCAUUAGCCGUUAUUUUUGAAUUACAGAUGCCCCUUGAAAUUCGAAAUUAUCGUGAUACCAUCUGGCAAUUUAUCAAUCGUCCAAAACCGUGUCCACCACAUAAGAUGCACGAAUGGUUAAGUAUUCCUCCUCAUGCAAGCAAGUUAGGACCAUUCUAUACUAGUCCAAGCAACUGUAAAGUGAAAUUAGUAUCCUCUACAAAAUCUGUAACGCAAAAUUAUUCCUAUUCACCAUUUAUUGGUUCUACAUCUAUCGAAGGUUUUUUACAUGAAAAUAGUUUGACUGUUGAAAUCUUGCCAACAAAAUCAAUUGGAUUCGAUGAUGAAUGCCGUAUAUUAACCCCCCAACUUAAUCAUCCAGAUUACAAACAAUUACAAUUGCAAUAA